CGGCGCCUAGUACAGUUCGCUCCACGUCCGGCCGCCAUAGUGCUUCGGGGAAUCGAGCCGCGCGCGUGUGAUUCCUGGCUCCGUCGCACUCGCUUUCUCUCUCUCUCUCUUUCUCUCUCUCUCUUUCUCUCUCUCUCUCUCUCUCUUUCUAUAUCACUCGGCCGUCUACGCGACACCCAGCCGUGGCCGCUGUCCCCGCAGCGAGGAGCACGACGAUCCCCUGGCCCUCGCCCUCGACCUCGCGCGCCUGUUGCCAGCACCCGCGUCUACUCCGGGGAUCUACGAGGAUAAACACCCUCGGUAAAACCGCCAAAGAUGGAUGUUCAGACGGGACUCGUGUACAUCGGCAUUGUCGUCCUCUCCGCCGUGGCCAUCGCGUUUAUCUCGAUGUUCGGCAUAAGAGAGAAGUCUUACGAGGAGGCAAUCGCCGAGCAGAGGAAGCUCCCCGACGAUCUGCUGUCAAGCAAAAAGGAUAAAAAUAAAGAGAAAAAGCACAAGAACAAGGCAGGGAAAAAGGUGAAAGAGAAGAAAGAGGAGAAAGAUGAUAAAGAAGAUAGGGACGAGAGAGCCGAGCAUGUACAAUUUGAAGAGACUCCACAGAUAUUGCCCUCCGAGCCUCCGGUGCAGGAGAGUAAUAAGGGCAAUAAGAAGAGAGGGAAGCUUGAAAAGAUAAAACCAAUCCUCGUAAAUAAAGACGAGCCAUCGGUCAUUGUGACUGAAUUAAAUCCCUCGCAACCUCCCUUGGCGGAGGCCAACCAUUUCGAUCUUAUUCAUCCAAAGGAUGACCUUGAACUCGUGCGGAGUCACAGUGAGACUCUUCAGCAGAUUACCCAAAUUGAGACUGUGGAGAGAGUCAACAAGUCGCCAAAGGAUACUCCAACCAAAUCGAAGAAAAAUAACAAGGACGCUGUGAGGAAGAGGGAUGAAAAUGCGAAGGACGAGAAGCAGGACGUUAAUACUUACGGUAAUAAAGAAGCUAUGAGGGAGGUGAGGGAGCAGCAGAAGGAAACGCCAGUCAAGGAGGUGAAGGAGGUUGUCAAGGAGGUGGUUCAACAGUUACCAAACAAGGAGCCCAAAAAGACGAAAAAAAAGAACGACAUUUUAUCCCAGAUCGAUGGGGAUGCCGUUAAUGUCGAAUUAUUGAUGCUCUGUAUUCAGAAGGCAGAGCUGAGUCGGUCUGAAAUACAGAUCCUCACGAAUCAACUCUUGAACAAACAGCAGGACAAUCCGUUAGAGCAUUCCGAGUGGACGGAAGGUCGCGCCGACCCCGUUAUCAAGUUAAAAAAACAAUUGGCGGAAAAAGAGAAAGCAUUAGCCGACGAGCACGAGGCGAGCGUGGCCUUUCAAAACAAGCUCAAGGAAUUGCGAGCUGAAUUUAAUACCGAGAGAUCUAGGCUGCUAGCGAAUAUUCGGCAACUCGAGGAGUCACUGAACGCUAAAAUCACGGAGACUCAGACGUUGCACACUCGAAUGCAACAUAUUUUGGAAAGUCAUGUUGCAGAGAAGCAAGGUUUCGCUAGGCAGAUCGAACAACUGCAGACCAAAGUGAACGAGGAUGCCACUAUUAUUCACAAAUUACAAGAAGAUCAAGGACAGACUCAGGGCCACUUGCAGCAGGAAUUGGUGGCACAGCGAAAGCAAAUGGAAGUGCAGUUCGCUCAGAUGCGCGAAAAUGAGAAUGCAUUGAAGUCGCAAUUGGCCCAGAAACACGUGGAGAUGCAGGAACUGCAAAAUGAACUGCAGGCGACCUGCGAGAGCAGCACCGCGGAGAUAGAUAUGUUACGUCAACAAUUAGGUAUAAUGCAAGGUCAAUUGAUGCACUCGGAAGGACAGUUGCAGCAUUUCAAGGAAACGAACGAUCGACUACAAGACGUUGCCAGGCAGCUUGAGGAAUCUCAUCGUGUACACACCGAUUUAGAUCAUAGAUUGAAAAGCGCUCAUCGGCAUGAACAGGACCUGCAGAAGCAAGUGAACUCACUGCAGGCUGAAUUGAAUCAUGCCAAAAAUGAAGCGAAUGAAACGCCUACCUUAAAGGUGGAACUUACCAAGGCCCAAACGGAAUUAUUAAAAUUAAAAUCGGAACUGUCAGCCAAGCUGAAUGAAGCUAAAUCAGAAGCGGCCGAAAUUAUUACCUUGAAAAACGCGUUGAGUAACAAGGAGGACGAACUAAAAAGGUCGCAGGACAAAUUUUAUGCCGUACAGAACGAUUUGCAGCAAUCCAACAUGCAAGUCGCACGUAUGGAGUCCGAAUUGAAUUCCGUACAAAAGAAAUUGGAUGUGCUAAAGGUCGAUUUUGAGAGGACGGAUUGUAGUUUGAAAGAAGCAAAGAACGAUGCAAACAAGCAUCAAAACGAGGUAUACACGCUACAGGAAAAAUUGACGGAUUCGCAGAUGGAAUUGAGUAUGGCUCGUAGUCAGGUUAGGGAAUCCAGUACGAUGACGAGCGAAAUUAAAGCUUUGCAAGCUGAAAUAAAUAGACUGCAGAACAACGAGAAAAAGGCGGGAGAUGAGCAGUUCCGAAUUGUGAAACUACAAGAAGAAAAUGAUAGACUACGCACUGAGUUUGCGAAUGCUAUAGAAAAACAAAAGGAGCUUCAACAGCAGCAGGAGAAGAAAAUCCAUACGGAUGUAGUAUUAGCCACUGCUACCGAACAUGCCAAUUCAGAGGGAAGAGCUCUACUAGAAAAAUUAACAGCUGAGUUAACGCACAAGGAAAAGGAGUUUAAUAAGAUAGAUGAACGGUUACAUGUAUUAGAAAGUGAUGCAGACAAACAUCAACGUUUUAUUAGGCAAUUGGAAGAAGCUUUGGAGGUUCAGAAGUCUAAAAAUAAUGAGCUACGCACAAAGAAUUGGAAAGUGAUGGAGGCUCUUUCUGCUGCUGAGUUGCGUGCCAAGUCCAAUGAUGAGAAGGGCGUUAAGGAGGAAACACAAAAAAUUAAAGAAGAACAAGAAGAAAUAACUAAGACACUUCUACAGAGGAUAUUUCCUGAGAUUAAAGUGUCCGAGAAAACACAUGAACAAUGGCUCAAAUCGUUCGAAGAUAAAAUAUAUAUUAUUCUAAACGAAUUAAAACAGAAAAAUACAGACCAGACAAAUCCAGAUUUGGAGAGACAGAACAAAAAUCUGCAAGGCAUGGUUUCGCAUUACAAACAGAUUAUCUAUGAUACGGAAGGUAUGCUUAAUAAACUACAGAGUUAUAUUGAGUCCGAGGAAACAAGAUGGCAAUCGCAACUUCGGCAAAAGGAGAACGAAGUGACAAAUCUUAGGGUAGAACUUACUGAUAUGCAAGCCAAAUUAAUUUCAAGUGAAGAGUUUAAACAGAGGGUGAGAGAAUUGGAAGAGCGUGCAGAAAAGAAUCGUACUGGAUUAUUACUUAAGGCCGCACAGAGAGCCACAACCUGUGGAGAUAGCAACGAGCUUGUUACUUUAGAACAAUUACAAGAGGACAAGGCCCGAUUGUCGCAGGAAUUAGAAGUGGAAUGCAAUAAGAGGGCGACAUUGGAUGCGGAAGUUACAAAAUUGCGUUCCCUUGUUGAAACUAGUGAGACGAGUUUAGUGUACGAAAAAAACCUUGUCACACAACUUCAACAAGAAGUGUCUCAACUCAAGAACGAAAUUUGCGGCGGAUGUAGCAGCUCGGAACAGUCUAUCUUAAACGGUCCACCCACGUCGGAGCCUCUUCAAUCCGAGUCUUCUCUAGCGUCUCAGGCUCUGAUAACUGCGUUAGAAAAUACUCUGCUCAAGAAUACAGAGUUUGCAAACUGUUCCAUUACCAAACCUGUCAAUUUGGUCAGUCAGUCUGAACAAGACAUUGAGAACAACUCCCUUUCUAUAAAAUACUCCUCCAAAUCUUGUCAUAUGACAGAUCACGACACGCAGGCUAAUCGGAAUCCAAUGAUUGGCCAGCAACAUAAAAAGCACAAGAAAAAGAGGAAGGAUGGUUCAGGAAAAAAAUAACUUCGAAAAAUAAACUACGCUAGUGCAGUGCGAAUACUGGUGGUUAAAAACAUGGGAUGCGCAAAUGCUAAAAAUACGAACGCAGCAUUGCUAUAUAGGUAUAAAUGGCAUACUUUGCUACUCAGAAGACUAAUAUAAAGUGAAAAUAUUACGGAUAAUGUUUAUUGUAAAAAAAUAUCAUAUUUUAUUAUGUGGAGAAAAUAUAAAUAAUUAAACUCGUAGCAAUUAAAUGGAAACUCUUGAAAUACUUGCGUAUGUGAUGGUUAUAUAAUUUAUAAUUAUAAAUAGCUAUACACAAUGUAAAGGUUAUCAAAAUUAUGCAUUAUCAAUUACCGAUAUUAAUUGUUUAUAGGAUCUAUGAGUUAUAACAAUUUACAAAUUUUAAUUCUGUUAUGAGACAUAUAGGAGAACAUAAUACUUGAGGGAUGUGUUCUUGAAAUGCAAAACAAUUGUAUAAUUAAUGGAUUCCAUGACUUCAUAAUUCAUUAUUAAUAAUGAUAUUGAUUCUGAUAUUAUUUCUGAGUCACGCUGUUACUAGUGAUUAACAUUUCCUCUUUAAUUAUUAGACGCAUGGACCAGAAAUUAUAUAUAUAAACACACACACACACAUAUAUACAAUUAUAUAUAUGUGUGUGUGUAUAUAUAUAUAAUGUAUAUGCAUAAUAUGAUAUGAAGUACAUACGGCAUUUUUUGUUAAUGAUAUCGAACACAUUACACCAAAUUUGUAAAACGCGGUCUUCAUGUUGUUCCAUUGUAUACAAAUUCAAAUUUGUUAUACGUUUCAUGUGCAAUAAUGAAGUAAGGUGAAAGUUCGAACGAGCCAGUCUUUAAGGCCGGUCGUUUCAACCUCUUGGUAGAUUAACUCAUAGUUAAAUCAUAUACGUGUCCUUCGUUUUUCCUGCAAAUUAGACAAAGUGAUAAUUUAACUAUUAGCUAGCUUAUUGAGUGGUUGGAAAAACUGGUCCUUAUAUUUACGAAUGUUAGCUAAAAUUAAUUACACUCAACAAUUGUACCGAAAGCAAGUAUUCGCAUACAUGAAACGGAUUUUCAUAUAGUUCACAUAGAUUUUUAUCGGACCUAAAAAAAACGUGUUUAACGGUUUAACAGAUCAUGUUCAUGGUCAUUUAAAGAUCAAGUUUAACGAACAAUUUUAGGGGCAUUUAAAAGAAUUGAUGCUUACAAUUAUUUAUAUUUAUAUUUAAUUACGCUUCAAAUAGACGUUUAUUAAUUGAACAAGUCAAAAUGUUCUGUACUGUUAUUGGAGUAGCUAUAUACUCUGGUAGAGCUUCUUCAAAUAUGAUUUCUUCUUAAAUACUUGCUUGCAUGAACAUUUAAAAGUACUGUGUUAGACGUUUAUAGUACACUUAAACGAGUUCUUUAUUCACCCGUGUAAUCAAUUGGUUGCAUAAAACGAAUAGGGUUAUUGUACUGAGUUUUUGUAAGAGGCAUGUAUGUUUAGUACACUGCGUACUUAUUUACCGUUUUGUAUCUAGAAAACAUAUUCAUAGUUAAUAAAAGUUUACUGUUUUACUUGA